AAAAUGAAGCUAGUAUAGUGUGGAAGUAGCUGAAAACAAUUUGCCUGUAUUUGGUGGCACAAUGGAACAUCUAUCUGGAUAAACAGAAACAAAUUUGAAGUUAAAUCUUUAGUCAGCUGAUAUUCUGCAAUAGGCAUGGCUUCCUUAGGAAUUCUCCAGAAAUUCUUGCCGAGUGGUAAUCCUCGUACUUGUUCUAAACCCUCGACCCGAAAAGCGCAAAGUCGUGUAUUUGAGCCAUUGCCGGUCUCAAGAAGGUCCGUCAUUCUCAUUUCUGUUGUUCCCUUAAGCCUUGCUGCACUUCCUCAGACAUUGCUAGCUAGAGAGAGGCGCAACAGGAAAAUUAUCCCACUUGAAGAUUAUCUCACUAGCCCUACUUUCUUGAUUCUUGAUAUUUUCUUUGCAAAUUACCGAUUUACUAGGACUGGUGUAGAUUGGAUAAGCUAUGAAGUUGAUGGGCUGAAAUAUUAUGAUCUUGUCGAAGGAAAGGGUCCAGUUGCUGAAAAAGGAUCAACAGUGCAGGUUCAUUUUGACUGUAUAUAUCGAGGCAUUACGGCUGUGUCAAGUCGGGAAUCUAAGCUACUGGCUGGAAAUAGAAUCAUUGCCCAGCCUUACGAGUUCCAAGUUGGAGCUGUGCCAGGAAAAGAGCGAAAGCGUGACUUUGUCGACAAUCCAAAUGGUUUAUUCUCUGCACAAGCUGCACCAAAGCCUCCAAAAGCUAUGUAUACAAUAACUGAGGGGAUGAAAAGGACUGUGAUUAUUCCUCCUGAAGCUGGGUAUGGCCCGAAAGGAAUGAAUGAAAUACCGUUCAUAGAAGAUGCAAUUCAAGUACAGUAUUAUUUUGCUAUUCAGUUCCAUAUGAAGCUGAUUCAUGAGUGUCCAUCCGUCCCUGUGAGAGACCCACUCCGACCCGAUCGUUUUGAAAAUGAUUGGUACGUAGAAAGAGAUAACCGCAAUUCCUAUCAUCUGCUGGAAGAAUGGGAUGGCCAUCGCCAUGACCAGACGAAUGUCGGGACCACGGUUGCGGCCAGGAAGAUCCGCCACCGGCUUGGUGUAGCUACACGAGGAGGAAGGCACCUGUGCUCCCAAUGUUGA